AGCUUUCACAUCAUUGGCUAUGGAUAUUCUGUCAAACUGUCUCAAACUUCUUGCAGACUUUCUUAGUGCCACACAGCUGCCACUCUCAAGCUUUUUUGAUAAACAUCAAUAUCAUUUGAAAGGAACUUUGGAAAGAUAUGUACUAGCGUGCGAAAUCUAGUGUGCUAUUACUAGCAAUGACCCUUGGCUCAGGCCUCUCUGCUUUGUGCCUGAUAAUGUCCAUUGCUACAUGUCUCGGACAGAAUCUUCUUCAUGAAGUCGACGACUACUAUCGUCGCUCAAUCAAAUUUGUCGCACAACCAGGCAAGCGUCUUCUGGUGCCUAUUUCUGGUGCUAACACGUCAAAUGAAACCGUUACACAGAAAAGCCUCUUAGCAAAUGAUAUCAUUGACUGCACGUUCGAGUGUCUUGCUGAAAAGUGGUGCCACUCCCUCAACGUCAAGUUGACAUUGACGAAAAGUGGGCAACACGUGUGUGAGCUCAUCGUCACAGAUAAAUAUAACCACUCUGAAUACUUGGUACAAGACAACGACUCCGUGCAUUUAGGGAUAAAGACCCAAUGCUUUACCAACCCUUGCUUGAAUGGAGGAACCUGCCAACCGAUUUACCAAGACAACAAUUACACGUGCACGUGCAUCCUUGGAUACAUAGGAAGGCAUUGCGAUGUCUGCAUUCCUCAAUUGGGUAUGGACUACAGAAAUAAGAUAAUCGCCGACUCGCAAAUCACAGCAUCAACCUCUAGUUAUUAUUGGUCUUUUUUUUACGGUCGUUUACACCAAGUUCACAUCAGCGGAGUAACAUAUGGUGCUUGGAGUCCACACACAUCUCAAGUCGGCGAAUACCUACAGGUUGAUUUGCUUAGAAUGAUGCAGAUCAACAAAGUGGCGACCCAGGGGCAACCUACUCAAAGUAUCGAUGGUACGCAAAAGGAGCCCAAUAUGAAUAACUGGGUUACGCGCUACGGACUGAGCUACAGCUCGGAUGGACUCACCUGGACUACCUACCCGCACGAAUUCAAUGGCAAUUCUGACCGUGACACCGUGGUGUCGCACAUUCUUCCGGUCACCAUCCCGGCCAGGUUCAUCCGGGUUUUGCCGAAGAACUGGCAUGGCAUAAUCGCCCUAAGGGUUGAGCUGUUUGGGUGUCAUCUCCACCAAUAGUUUAAUUUAUUAUUUUAGUGCAUUAGUUUCCAGUAAUUCCAUUGCUAAAACAUAUUACCUUGGCUCUUUUGUACAUAAGUUCGCACUUUCCAGUUCGACGCUCGAUUCCGUGGCCAACAAAGUUAAAGAAAUUUCACCAAAGCAGCAAGAAUUACUGGUUUUCAUAGUUUUCAUUCUCUUAGUGAGGUCCAUGGCAAUCAGAUGGUACGAUUUUUGCAUUCUUAGUGGCUUACUAAUUCUCAAAAGGAACGCGGUAGUGCGUGUCCCGCUGUAAAGGAGCUAUGUCAUUAGUUACACACAGUAUGUGUCUUCAAUAAUGGAAUCACAUGGAAUUACAGGUGGCCCAGUGUGUUAGCGCGACAGCGUAUGGGGCCUCUCACCUCUGCUGAAACGGGUUCAAUUCCCGGUCGAGACAUGGAUAGUAUCUUUCUGUUUCUCGGCCCUGAAUUUGACUUGUUGAACGUAUGUGAGCUUACUAGAGGCUUGUGUUCCUCAGUUCCAGGAUGGGACACUCUUAAUACAUUAGUAUUUUAAAUGUAAAGCGCUUAGAACAUGGUUGGUAUAAGCGCUAUAUAAAUGCACAUAUUAUUAUUUAUUAAUAAACUUUUCUUUUGCCAUG